GCCGACGCGGCGGAACCGAACCCAGAGAAGGGGGCGCGGGGCGGCAGCGGUCGGGGCUGCCGGCGGCGGGGGAGGCUGCGCCCGGCCGGGCCAUGGGGGAGGCGCCCAGCCCCGCGCCCGCGCUCUGGGACUGGGACUACCUGGACCGCUGCUUCGCCCGCCACCGCGUCUGCAUCUCGUUCGGCCUGUGGAUCUGCGCCGCCUCCUGCUGGAUCGCCGCCCACGCGCUGCUUCUCUAUCUGAGAUGUACAAAGAAAUCCAGACAGGACCAGUCGGCAUUGUGUGCUGCCUGCUGCCUCCUGACCAGUCUGUGUGACACCGUGGGGGCGAUUCUGGCCAGACAACUCACAAUCCAGGUUUUCACUGGUGCCUAUCUAGCAGCUAUUGAUUUAGUGAACUUUAUGUUCACUCUCUUCCCAGUCUGCGGAUCCAAAUUCAAGUCUACUUCAGGUUGGGGCACCCCAAAGAGGAAGAGGAGGCGACGGCUCAGGACCAGUGUAUUUGCCCUGGCUCUGCCACUGAGCCUGGGCCCAGGCUUGGCUCUCUGGACUGCUGUCCCGAAAGCACCAGUCCGAGGGCCACAGCGGAGGCUGCUGGGAAGCCUGUUGCAGGAAAAUACUGAAAUCCUCGGCUACCUUCUGGGUGGCAUCGCUGCCUUCGGCUCCUGGGCUUCCCGGAUCCCCCCACUCUCCAGAAUCUGCCAGGGGAAGACUUUUCCCUUCAUCCACCUGUGGGCCCGGCUCCUGUUGGCCCUGGCUGGCCUUCUCUAUGCCUCGGCCAUCGUGGCCCAUGACCGGCAGCCUGAGUACCUGCUGCGGGCCACACCCUGGUUCCUGACCUCCCUCGGCCGUGCUGCGCUGGACCUCGCUAUCAUUUUCCUUUCGUGUGUGAUGAAGAGCAAGAUGAGACGGGCCUUCAGGUUUGCCACUGAAGCCAGAGAGAGCCCCGACACCCAAGCCCUUUUGACCUGUGCAGAGAAAGAGGAAGAAAAUCAGGAGGCAAGAACCGAGCACCAGAAUUCAGAUUGGGUGCCUCUUACCAUGCUGUCACACUGCAAGUCACUGAGGACGAUGGCAGCAAUCAGUCACUACAUGGAGCUGACCAUUGAGCCCGUGCAGCAGGCAGGCUGCAGUGCCACAAGGCUGCCUGGCGAUGGACAGAUGAGUGCUGGCGACCCAGCCCCGCAGGAGCCCCCCUCAUACCCUCCCGUUCAGGUCAUCCGGGCCCGAGUAUCAUCCAGCAGCUCCUCUGAGGUCUCCAUCAACUCUGACCUGGAGUGGGACCCUGACGACAUGAACCUUGAAGAGAACAAAGACAACACGGAGAUGCUCAGACCCCAGGUGCACAGGGGCUCUUUGAGGCCAGUGGAUUUGACCUCUGAUGAUUAACACUUUCUGGAACCAGCCCAUCAACUCAGAGCCCAAAGUCAGGCAUUUGUCAGUAACUGAGCAGGGAUCAACCUGUAGUGACACCCGUGGCAAGAAUUUAAGCUGCUGCAGAAGCUGCCCAGGAGAGGGAGGAACCAGGAGCUGUCAUUGAGCUUGGCCGGUCUACAUAUCAUGGCUUAGAAUGGAGCUGAGACUUUGGGUUCUGUGCACAGACCUGGAUAUGCCCGGAGUUCAUUCUGAAGAUUUGAAGUUCACAGAUGGCUCUUGCUUUGUAAAGAUAACCCUUCAUCCAAAGAUCAUUGAACCCUCUUUUCCUUUUUUUCCCCUUUUCCUCUAUUCCCUUGAGAUCUAACCAUAAACUGAAAACCUGCUAAGUGCCAGGACUGAGUUCUCCUAACAAACGGCUAAUGUAUUUGGAUCUCAGCAGAGCCCACUCUGCAAGACCUGGCUAAGCCCAGGAGAUAAAAAGAUAAAUCCACGUGCUGGAGAGCCUGGGACACAUACACAGGAACUGAUGGGACCUGGCUCCUGCCCUCUACUCACCCACUUUGGUUAUCUGCUGGAAGCUAUAGAUAGAACUGAACAGUCAACCUCAUGCAUGUGAGAUCACUGGUAUUGCAAGGACAAGCAAAGCAAAUUGCUCUAGGUAACAGGACUUCCUCCAACCCAGCACGGAGUGUGCUAAGGCAAAGUUUGCAGGAGUGGGGGACUGUAUGCUUCAGGAGGUAACUAAAAGCAUGCAAAGGGUAAAAGGCACAGUGGGAAGUGUUAAAUUCUAACAGCAAUCUCAUUUUAGGAUUACUGUGAUACUGUGAUCAUGAGUGAGGGAAAGGGUGAGGGAAUGGGAUUAAGGUGGCAGCAAACACUGGAGUGAAUAAAGUUUGAGGGAAUGAAUUAAAGUCUCUCACUGUGGAGUACAGUGACAAAUCAGAAUCCCAGCAUAGUCACAGAAGUCUGCCAUGAAGAGAACUGGGAGAAAUGCCAAGAAACAGCUCUGCUCCUGGCUGACCCACAACAGCCUGUGUGAGUCAGCUGCAGCUGCCCAGUUUAUCCUCAGGGUGAGUGCAAGUCCCAGCAGCAUAAAGAAGGGAAGCCAGUUGGUUCUUGUGGUCUCUGCAUAGAUCCUAAUCUCCUGAGUGACCCCUGAACAGGAAGUGAACUUAAAGCUGUUUUAUUUAUCCCCUUUACCUGAACUGCUUUGGCCCCUGGUUCUCUUGAAAGGCAAAGUUUGCUUAAGUCAGCUUUGCUUUGUGACCGUAACCACUGAAGCUGUACUUUGAGGGAAGAAGAUUUGAAUGGAUGCCCAGGGUUGGGGAGAGAAAAGCAUUCCAGAAGAUGAAACAGUAGGCAGAACUGAAGGCAGGGGAGGGAGGAAUGUAGUCAAGGAAGGAGGAAUCUGAUGUGGCCAGGAUGGAUGGUACAGUAUGGACUGUAGGAGGUGCGAAGAGGCUGUAAAGAAAUGAGACCAUGGAGGCUAGGGAGUUGAUGCUUCUGUGGCCAACAAGUAGCCGUGGAAGAUACCAGAGUAGGAAAGGGACUGACUUGCUUCAGGUAUGCCACAUCUGAUUGGUAAGUUUUUCAUCGCUAUGGCUACUUUUUAGGAAGCAGAGUCAUGGUUACAGAGUGAACAUGGGGAACGUGUUUAAUGUAAAGGGUACUGAGUGCUAACAGCAGGGCAGGAGGAGGUUCAUGUGUAGAAAGGUGGAAGGCAUGGGAAUAGGACACCUCUGGAGUUUGCCUUUAGCACAUCCCCCCCUGGGGAGGGGGAUGGUUAGGUCAUUCUCCCUGGGACACCAGAAAUUGGUUGGAUCUUGGUGGAUGUGGCCAUUCCCCCGAGAACAUUAAAUGAUCUUCCUGACUGAGUAGCUACUUGAGGUCCAAGUAUCUAUCCAAGUAUCUCUAUCUCUAUAGAUCCCAUCAUCCCAGAGUCCUCCCUUCACAAACUAGUUCCUGUCAGUGUGGUCCCAGCUUGUCUCAAAGCUGAGUCUUAAGUCUCUUCAUCCACAGUGAACCAUCAAACUGGGAAUUUUGGAAGCAAAGUUUGGCUUCAUUGUUCAGUGAGAAUCUGCCUAUAUGCAAAGCUCUGAAACUCUGGAGCCUUUGUGAAGAGGUGCCAACCAAAAUGCCUUUCUCCAAGUAGGAGAGGGCCUCCGUUGCAGCUUCAUCCCUACCUAUUAGUCAAGCUGGGAGGGCAAUAGAUUUUACUUGCCCUGAUGACCCCACUGAGCUCUGCAAGUAGUUAUCUAGACUGGGGAGGGACUGGGGAACAAACUGUAAUCAUCAUCUCCUGCCUACUCAUUUGGAGAUGGGAGAUGGUGUAAUACAGUCUUAGUUGUGCUGCCUAUUGUCUGCGUGCCUCAGAGCAUGUUACCUGACCUUUUUGAACUCCUGAGAUAGAAUGAGAAUACCUACCUAGAAAGCCUGUGAAGACUAAGUGAAUUAACAUGUAAAAUUGCAUAACAUAAUGCUGACUCAAUGUAGACUUUGAAGAGUGAUUAGUUUCCUUCCUCCCUAUACUUCCUGGACACAUGCACUGAAAGACAGUAACCGAAGAAUCAGAACUACAGAUGGAAGGUAUUUCAGGGGCCUGAAUCCCCUUACCAGUAAGUGAUUAUCCAGCCCCUGCUUAAGCUCCACUGAAAAAAAAAGAUUUCACCUGUUUCAUCUGCCAAAGAAGUCUGUAUCAUUUAGGGAGAGCUCUAAUUACUAAAAUUUUCUUAAAGUCUUUCUAGAUCUUGAAGAAAUAAUCCCCUGGUGUCCCCCCAGAACUUCAGUAUGAUGAAGAGAUUUACGAGCAUCAUCUGAUGACACACGUUUGUUACAAUGGGUAUGAGUAAGGAGAGGCACGGGGCCAAGGAGCAUGGCCGGGCUCCAGUUCCUAGGUCUGGUUCAGUGUGAUCCUUGUCAUUUCCCUUUAUGGGUCACGGUUUCCUCAUCUGUAAAAUGAAAGACCAGAUUUCUUUCCUUUUUUCUCUUUUAUGAAUAUGCCGGUGAAUUUGUUACCCAAAAAAGACUGACAUCUUUAUAAACACUCAAGAAAGAGCCAUUAUAAUAAAACAAAUUUCAGAUAUGCUUUGAAAAUAGGUUUCAUUGUAAUAUACACUUCUUUCUGUUUGGAUUUUACCAAUCAUUUAAAACAAAAUCUGUGUCAACCACUAAGGAAAAGGAUAGAGGAGUCUUAGGAGUGUCUCCAGAAUAAUUUUGCAACACUUCCAAGAUUCUCGGUACUUCUUUUUCAGUCCUUUCUUGAUCCUUCUCCUCCACAUUUUCCAACUGUGUAGGAAUUGCUCUACUCUCUUCGAUUUUACAUUUUUUUCCCCUGACGUUCAGGUCGAUGCUUUAGUAGAGGAGGCUCUGCUUUGAACGAACUCAAGACAUACUGCAAAUGCUGAGGAAGAUGUCUUGAAGUUAAACAUGCCUGUCCCGUAUUCCAAAGAUCAUCAGGUGAGAGGGGCGAUCUUAGAGAGGAAGUUAAAGGAAUGGCGCUAGAUCAAAUGGCUGAGAGAACAUCUAAUUUGCUUUUUCUUUACCUAAUUCUGAAAGCCACACAAGGCACCGGACAUUCAGGGCUGCUGCUUUUGAGCAGGACACUCCACUAAACAGCGUUAAACUUCUUCAAGAGCCUUCGUUGACCUGUCACUGGGAGAACUCGGCUUACCCUGCCAAUUCUGUUGGAAAUUUUCCAUCAGCUGCCGGUAUUGCCGGCAGGGAGCUCGGGUCUUCUCUUCCUCAUCCUCGGGGUCUGCCGCUGUGAUUGCGGUGGGAUUUAGUGCCUCUCCGGGGUCAGGGGCCCUUGACCCCCUUUUCAACCUCCAAGGGUCUCAUCCACGAUCGUCCCGACGGGGCAGUAAGGGGUUUCCUCGAGCUGUAGACAGGGGGCACUGUCGGCACCGGUCAGAACUGAACCCCGACUCUCACUGCCUUCUUCCUGGGAGAAGCAGCCAUCCGCAGACAUCUUGGGGACCAUUCAAACCACCGGCCGGAGACUUCCGGGAAAAAAGGGAGCGCGCGGCUCUGCGCGUGCGCGCUCCGCCACCACCUCCUCCAGCCGCAGCGCGCGGGCUCCGACGUCGCGACAGCAGAGUGUCCUCCCGGGAGAGCCGCCGGCGGCGACCCCCGUAGUGUGGCUUUCACCCCACUGGGGUCUAAGGACGUA